AGAUAGGGUAAAGCAAUAAUAGAUAACCUUUGACCAAAGGUUGUCGACAUAAUAAUUUUACUGCCACAAAUUGAAAAAAAUGUGUCUAUUAACAACUGUAGUUGUCGAACUUUAAAAAUUGUUUAAAACGCUCGUUUGCAGAAGAUCUUGUACAAUGAUUCACGCAAUAAUAUUAGUGCGCAAUUAAGGGUUACGUUCUGUGCCGAGCAAAUUGAAAUGUACACGGUAAUUGCGUUCGUUAUUGCAAUUUUAAUUAGUACCAACAGCGCUACACUUAAUAAAGUGAAAACGGACAAGUUUGAUAGCUACAGCGUAUUUUUAAAUUAUGGCGGCCAAAAGGUUUCCAAAUUGGUCAAGGGUAAUUUAGAAAACGCAGUGAUUAAGUCAAAAGUUGAAGUGCUGGGUGAGGUAUUCAAGAAACAUAUAGACUCAAUUAAAGUUUGGCCCAAAUUGGAUAUAGUAUUUUUGAUAGAUGCUUCUUCAAGUGUUGGCGAGGAUAAUUUUAAAAGUGAACUGAAAUUUGUUAAGAAAUUACUUAGCGAUGUUGUUGUUGAUUUUGAUCAUUCCCGUAUCUCUGUGGUUACUUUUAGUUCUAAAGACAGUGUGAUAACAAAUAUUGAUGGAAUAAGUAAACCUGGUAAGCGAAACAACAAAUGUUUAUUGCUGAAUAAAGAACUGAGCAACAUCAGGUACAUCGGUGGAGGUACCUACACAGUUGGAGCGUUUGGAGCCGCAAAAGAUAUAUUUCAACACAGCCGCAAUGAUACCAAAAAGAUUUUAUUUUUGAUAACCGAUGGUUACUCGAACGGAGGGGAUCCUGUGCCUCUAUCAAUCGAAUUAAAAAAACAGGGUGUUACCGUUUUUACCAUUGGGAUCCGGAAUGGAAACUACAAAGAGCUGUAUAUGUUAUCGUCGUCGCCAGGAGAAUACUACAGCUACCUGUUGGACAGUUUUGAAGAGUUCGAAAGCUUGGCUCGUAGAGCUUUGCACGUUGACAUAAAGGACGGAGACUAUUUAUCUCUGGGCAGCAGUGCACCUUGUAACAAACUGUGCGCUACCGGUAACUGUUGCGAUGAUAACGCGGUCUGCACGUGCGGAACAUCUACUGGGCACUAUACCUGCUUGUGUAAUCCUGGGUAUUACGGGUCGGGUUUAAGAAACUCGUGCUUUGCAUGCCCUUCGGGAUCUUUUGCUGAUGGACCCAACAGUUGCCUGCCGUGUCCGGACGUUCACCACGUUACCACCCCUCCAGCGCUUGGUAUUAAAAGUUGUCAGUGUAAAACGGGAUAUAGGGCAACUGAUCGGAAUGGUUGUGAAACAAUCAAGUGUCCAAAGCUGUCUCCACCUGAGCACGGAUACUUCGUUCGGAAGAAGGAUUGUGGAAACGUAUUAAACAACGCGUGUGGUGUGCGCUGUGAGGUCGGCUAUACUUUAAUUGGUAGCAGCAUUCGAUUGUGCCAACUUAGUGGUACUUGGAGCGGUGAUCCACCUUCAUGCCAAGUAAAAACAUGUAGUGCCCUUUCGGCACCCAGUCACGGUUUUAUCUCGUGCGAGCACAAUGAUUUGGGAAUAAAAUACAAUCGGACCGACGAGCCACUUCCUGUUGAUACUGUAUGCGAAUUUAAGUGUGAAAAUGGACGGACAGUGGUUGGUUCCUCACAACGAACGUGUCUACCGUUGGCUCAAUGGGAUGGCUUGAAAGUAUCUUGUAAAUUGAUAAAGUGCAACAAGCUCUCCAACAUACCUUUUGGAACGAUUGAACCAAAGUCGUGCACUACUGCUAAACAGUCAUUUGGUAAAAAGUGUACCUACACCUGUCAGGAAGGAUUCAAAAUAAGCGGACCUUCAGAACGGAUUUGCACAGGUAGGCAUGGAAUUUGGAGCAAUAAGUCGAAACAGAGCUACUGUGAGGACGUUACCCCACCUACGUUAGAAUGCCCUCCCGAUAUUGUCGGGCAUACGAGUUUGGAUAAAAAAUUUGGUACAGUUACCUGGAAUGCACCCAACGUGACAGAUAACUCUGCCCUGAACGUAAGUGUUUGGUUAAAACCUGCAAUUAAAAACAUCUCCGCGUUCAAAUUCAAAAUCGGAAGGACGAUGGUAACGUACUUUGCUCAAGAUAUUGCCCAAAACACCGCGCAAUGUAGUUUUACAGUGGAAAUUCAAGACAUCCAACCGCCAUCGAUCGAAGAUUGUGUGGACCCAAUCCCAUUUCUGUCUUCAGACACUGAUGGUGCAAAUAUUACUUGGGAUGAGCCAAUGAUCUUCGACAAUUCAGGGUUUGUUACGAUCGCCCAAUCACACGAAUUUGGCUUUUUCAACGUUGGUACGACAUCAGUAAAGUACACGGCGACAGACGGUUCAGGAAACGUUAACACUUGCACAUUGAAUAUCACGAUUAUAGAAUCGCAAUGCUCGCCUUUGCCUGACCCAAUUUUUGGAAGAAGCGAGUGUGUCUCUCUAAACAGUAGCAUCCAGUGCGUGGUCACCUGCCAAGACGGUUAUGCUAUUCCAAUUGCGUCCCCCGGUGAUGUGUUGGAUGUCGACAGCAGCGGAUCGCAAUUUUUUUGUGAUAACUCGGACGCAAUUUGGUAUUCCAAAGAAAAUAGCGCAUUUCCUGAUUGUACAAUAACUCAAUUACCAGUGGAAACGACUCAAAACGGUACAGUCACAUUCCUAAAAGAGAGCGAGGAGGAUAUCUGCAGCAACUCCAGCGCUUUAACUGAGAUUGCAAAUGACUUAUCCGUUACGUUAGGCAUUAAUAUUCAAGAGACGUGCACAACAGGCAUUUCUUGCAAAAUUAAUACAAGCGUUGUUUGCGAAAGCCUCGAAGAAUCGGAUUAUGAAGAGAAGACCAACAUUAUCAAACGAGAAACCUUGGGCAAGCCCACCAAGAGAAAGAGGCACAAAAAACAACGCGUGAAGAUCAAUUUUGAAAUUACGGCUAGUAUCUCGGACACUGUUAACGCGACUACAUUUCGAGAGCUUCCAAAAUUAGACAAAAUUCGCUUACCGGACAACACUACGGUUAAUGUCGCGAUUGAUCACAGUGAUUUCAGGUGUCCUUCGGGACAUGUACGUAGAAAAAUGCGUUGCGUACAGUGCCCAAAAGGUACUUUUCACAACGUUAGCACUGGAACCUGUCACAGUUGCCCCAUAGGUUUUUACAGUGAUAAACCUGGACAAAGUAGUUGUACCAUUUGUCCGGUGAACCAUUCGACUAAAAGACUGCAUUCCAAGUCAAUUAGUGCAUGCAUAGCGCACUGCCCGCCCGGAACGCAUAGUCGCAGAAGAAUUUUGAAACCUACAAAGCAUCAUCCAAACACAACCAUUACCCACAUGACGCUUAGGCCUCACUGCCGUUCCUGCUCUAUUGGGCAUUAUCAAGCUAACUAUGGGCAGUUAUCAUGCCGCGCCUGUCCAGAUGGAUACACGACGCCAUCGCAUAAAUCAACGUCGUUGGAGGAGUGCAUUUUGGCGGAAACGCACAUCUGUAACUCUUCGAGCGUGUGCAACACCGGCAAGUGUGUUGAAGAGGAUUCUUUUUAUUACAGCUGUUCGUGUGACAACCAAUACAUAGGUUCCCACUGUGAAACCAAGGUUUCAAAGUGCGCGUCGAACCCUUGCUUGAAUGACGGAAUUUGCACACCAACGUCCGAAGAUGCUUUUAAUUGUCAGUGCAAAGAAGGGUAUUCUGGUGAAAUAUGCGAGGAAGUUGAAGACAGAUGCUCGAAGAACUGCCUCAACGGUGGAAAGUGCGACAAAAAUGAUGACGAUGUCGAAAUGUGCGUUUGUUUGGAAGGAUUCGCCGGAUCAUUCUGCGAAACAAAGUGGAGCUAUUGUUCUACUGGUAUUUGCGAGCAUGGAACCUGUCGUGAGGAUACGCAAGGGUAUCGUUGUCUAUGUAGAGACGGAUACAUGGGGAAACGGUGCAAUAUUUUACCGUGCGAUUAUAAGCCGUGCGCAAAUCACUCCGUAUGCAUGAACUUAAAUGUUGCAAACGCUACACGGGCUAGUUAUCGAUGCGAAUGCCCAAAGAAUUACGAAGGCCCAACUUGCUCAACUCUCAUAAACUACUGCGCAAGCAACCACUGUUUAAAUAACGGAAAGUGCACCAAUAGCGAGGAGGGUCCCUUUUGCAACUGCCCAAAACCAUACUAUGGCAGCAACUGCCAGCAAAAACGGAAUAGCGACUAUAUUCUAAGAUUUCCAAGAUCAGGCACAACUGAUUUUGUUAAACUGAAUGGAUUCGAACAAAAUCUCACAGAGAUCUCCACUUGCCUUUGGAUGGUCACCAGAGACAACUUUAAUUACGGCACAUUAUUAUCGUAUGCUACUUACGAAUUCGACAACACGUUCACACUAACGGAUUACACAGGGAUGGUGGUGUACAUUAAUGGUGAUCACAGAAUCACAGAUGUUUAUUUGAACGAUGGUCUUUGGCACUUUUUCUGUCUGACAUGGGCUAGCAGAGAGGGUUCCUAUAAGAUGUAUGUCGACGGAAGUCUCGUACAGAGCGGACACGGGCUAGCCAAUAACACCUACAUUCAAGGAGGUGGAAAAAUGAUUAUUGGUCAAGAGCAAGAUGUACUUGGUGGAAAAUUUAGCCAAUCGGAAUCCUUUUUAGGCGAAAUAGCUUACCUAGACAUGUGGAGUAGGGUUCUCACUGAGGAGGAAAUACUAAAUUACAUGAACGACUGUGAAGAAAGUGAAUUAGGUGACAUAUACCCUUGGUCAACUAUACAAGAGUAUAUUCACGGGGAAAUUGAAGUAUUACCAUCUACAUUUUGUAAGAGUUGUGAGGCACAGGAAAGAUUGGAUGAUGGGCAUGUGCAUGUUUUGAAUAAUCGGGCGUAUUACGAGUGUAAUAGCGGAUUUAAACUGUCAACUUCAGAGUACAACAAAGGUCGCAAAUGUUCGAAAGCGUCCAAAUGGAUGGGAUCGACGGUGCCAAAAUGCGAGAAGAUUUACUGCGGCUAUCCUGGUUACUUGCAUCACGGCGAGGUGAUUGGUCGAGAUUAUUUCUAUAACGAUACUGUGCAAUUUACCUGUGAAAAAGAAUACAAGCUAAUUGGAAAUCCGGAACGUACGUGUCUAGCGAAUGGUUCAUGGUCUUUUGAGCAACCAUCUUGUGUUGGCACCCAAUGCAAAUUUGUGUACCCGGAACACAGUCUAGUCAAUAUAACAAGUGAGUAUUCAGAUGAAUAUUUAGAAGGACGAACAGAAAUGGAGGUUGGUACUGAAAUUGAAAUUAGCUGUCAGGAUGGUUGGGAAGUUAACGGAGUCAGCGUAUUAAAAUGUCUUAGUAGUGGAAGUUGGGAUAACGUAAUCCCUCAAUGUGUGCAGAAGACAAAUGCGUGGUUGCCAUGCUCUUUGGAGCAACUACCUAAGGCCCCAAAAAAUGGUUACACCGUCAUAGAAAGUUUGAACGCAUACACCCACGGUGACACGGUUUUCGUACACUACAAGUGCAAACAAGGGUACAGAUCGCUUGGUGUUAGCACUUCAGAAUGCAUUCUUGACGGUUAUUGGACUGAGAUCAGCAUGAUCUGCGAAUACAUAAGUUGUCCAAAUGCACCGCAGCCUCCAAACAUGCAUCGCAAAGGUUCUAAUAGCUCUUUUACAUUUGGAACGGUGCUCCCUUACGAGUGCGUAGAUGGCUACAGAUUGUUUGGUAAAGCGACUACACGAUGCCUCGCCAACGGAAAGUGGUCACGUGUGCCAGGAAAGUGCAUAAAGAAGUCAUGUUUCAAGCCAAAGGUCAAAGAAACUACUACUAUCCAAGGGAAUUCCUACUUAUUUCAAGAUCAGGUGACACUAACUUGCAGAGAUAAGAAGGAAUAUACUAUGACAUGUGGGCCCUCGGCAAAUUGGGAAGGAGAUUUGGGCCAGGAAUGUUGAAUGAAUAAACACGUGUAAAGAAAACGAUGAAAAUGAUAUAAAAUUAAAUGAAGUUACGUAUAAUACACUCGA